AUGGCUGAAGAGUAUGAUGAAGGAAAUUGGCGCCAAAUAUCGGUCAAGUUCCGGUUUCACGGAAAUACCGUGUUAGCAGCUGGCGACUGGAGCGAUCGCGAGCAUCCAAACGUCCUACGCCUAACCAUUAUCCGGUCAUCGUUUGAUCAAGCCAUCAUUUCGAUACUUUUAGCACUGCCAUACACCUUCCAAAACUUUGCUCGGGCCCUCUUCCCCGGCUACUUUCUUCCAUCGCGAAUCGUUUUGAAGAAGAUGAAGCCCGAAUGGGACGAAGAGUUUGACAACGAAGUGCGCAUGUACGACCGGUUGCGGUCUGUUCAGGGCCACCUCAUCCCGAUCUGCUAUGGACUGGCUUGGUGUGACGGCAAGCGAGCUUUACUCCUGUCCGAGGUCAAUGGCGUUCUGCCGUUUGAGCAGCCACUAGACUCUCCAUUAGAUGCUGAUGAGUUUUGUCGUCGGUUGAGGGCAGCCUAUGGCGAGCUUGGCUCGUUUGGUCUGAUGUAUGGUGACCCAAAACUGGAUAAUUAUCUAUUAGUUGAUGACAGAAUCGUCAUUGUGGAUUUAGAAUCGGCAGAAGAAGCAGAAGAAGAGGGAGCUAUUGAGCGCGUGGUUGAGUCGAAUGUUGAAUUUGCAAGGGACCGCUAUAGAAGUUAUCUAAAGAAUCGAUACGAGCUAAUGUAA